UGAGAAGGAAAAGACCUAACAUCUUAGCAGCAGCGUCUUAGGCUUGCGGCAGAGUGUGGGAAUGGAAGGGUUGAAGGUGUCGAAAGCUAACUUAGUAGUAUACAUUCACCCUUCACAAAGCAAACAAGUUUCCCAAGCGGUUCUACGCCAACUAAGCUCUUUACUCUUCACGUACGCUUCCAAACUCCAUCCAAACGUCAUCGUUUCGCACCUCUUCAUCAACCUCACCGUUCUUUUCUUUUUCUGUCGUUGCAGCUUCUGCGAAACCUUCGACGGCGUCGUUUUGGCUUACGAUGUCAACUCGCUCGACAAGUGCGCCAAGAUUCUCCCCGGUGUUCAUCCUUACUUUGGCGUUAAACUCAAAGUCAAUUUGUUACUCUUUUCUCCCAAGCCAAACACGCUUUUAGAAGGGAAAGUAGUUAAACUUACCCAAGAGUCCAUUCAUGUUGUUGUGCUUGGCUUUUCUUCUGCGAUUAUAGCCGACAAAGACAUUAGGGAAGAGUUCGUGUAUAAAACUAAACGAGGGCAAGAUGUUUAUGCGAGUAGAUCCCACAAGCGGCACGUGAUAAAGGUCGGAACCAUGAUACGGUUUUUAGUCAAGAGCUUUGAUGAAGAAAUACUUCAUGUUUGUGGAUCCCUGGUUCCCAAUCACACAGGCAGCAUUUAUUGGUUGGAUAAGAACUUGGAAGUCGUUUCCCAUACUGACAGGAAUGAAAAGAAGAGAAAAGGCAAGGGAGACCCAAUAAUGCUAGGGCAAGAUGCUGUGGAUGGGGAACCAUUGACAUUGGAUACUGUCCAAAAAAUAAAAAAUUCAAAAAAGCAAAAAAACUGGGAAGAAUCUUGAAUGUAGCAUUGGAAUCUUAUUUUGUAAUGCAAUUUAUGUUCACAGGAGAAUCACCAGGGAAAACAAAUUGGCAUAUCUUCAUUGAUGGGGGAUCCUUCGGCCUUUAGAAUUCUGAAGGGUUCUCUAUGUUGCCUUGGACAUGGGUGCACUUUUUGUUUCAUUUCGAUCAUAAUUCUUUCAGAAUCUUUACGAUGAUAAUUUGAGGAACCCUGCUUGUAAUUUUAAUGUAUGAUUGAGAAACCUUAGAAGGUUGCUUUUGGGGUACAAGGCCUUAGUGCAUUUUCUGUUUAGGAAUGCAGGUAUGUAGUCUUUUCCUUUUAGUAAUAGCGUUAAUUCUUUAGGAAGUGAGACCUAAAAUUGUAUAUCACUGGCCUCAUAAUUAGGAAAACAUGGCAAGAAUGGUGAUUACUGACUUUUUGUAUUAAAAGGUUGCUUAUUUUUCUUAGUUUGAUGACAUUAUAUGGUUAUAUACUGAAAUGAUCUUCAAAGUUU